GUUCAUAACAUAAACGUCGAGCCAUUAAUCAAACGAAAGAUUAAUUUUAAAUAUAAUCAACAAUUCAAUGAGUUCUUAGAGCAGAGGUCUGUCGACGAGCACAACAUUUUCCAUAAUCUAGUCCGCGAUGACAGCCAUUAUGGCGGACAUAAUGCCAGACAUCGUAAGCGCAAUGAUAUUGAAGAUAUCGAUGACAUACAAGACAUACAAUACAACCGCGAGUCUCCUCUUAAAGACAAUAACGAGGCAAUGAGUGGUACAACUGAUUCUCCUCUAAAACCAGAGCUAUUUUCGCUUGACUUUGAAUUAAAUAGCGAUUUGAAUGAAAAACCAAUUGACAAACUGCUGGAGAAGAAUAAACUGAUGAAAGAGAAAUUAGAUGAACAAAAGGACAUCCGUUUGGAGGACUGUUUACCCGUAACGAAGGAUUAUUCAAAGAAACAGAGAACCGGCGCUCAAUAUCUGGCGGAUCUCCAGUCGGGCGAAGAGAGGCCUCAAUAUCCGCAUAAGUUUAACGAUGAGGUGAAGAACUAUCGCUCAGAACUCGGUUUAGGCAAAGAGAAACUCGACUCUAAAGGGUUUCGUAUACUAAGCGGACAAGUGUUUGAUUUUACAAAGUUUCCCAAAGAAGACAUCGAGGCUUUGCUCAUGAAAUCAGUACUUUUCGAUGACAUAGACAUUGUGGCCAUCAAUAAGCCGUACGGAAUGGCUAUUCACACGAAGGAAACGCCGGUCACUCCCGUCCUCACCGACUAUUUGCCACAUUUACAGCGAGAGCUGCGAUGCGAGAAGUUAUACACUGUUCACCGGUUGGACAGAGACACCACUGGAGUGCUAUUGUUGGCCAAAAGCCAAGCAAAGGCCAAAGAGUUGAACCGAAUGUUUUGCGAGCAUAAGAUCCUCAAGCGAUACAUUUGCAUCACUCGCGGAGUGCCCGACCAACUCGAGGGCAUUAUCGAUAUACCCGUAGAUAUCGGUCGAUGCGAUGGUAAGGAGAGAAUGGUGUUGAGGCCGGAAGCGCUUCAAGAAUAUCGCGAUAAGAUUAAACCGUCAAAACAGGCCAAACGAGCGGUCACUCAAUACAAAGUGGUCUCACACGCGGACAACGCGGCGCUCAUUGAGGUGUGGCCGGAAACUGGUAUUCGACACCAGAUUCGGGUUCAUUUGGGUUUCGGACUCCGGUGUCCGAUUUUGGGUGACCACAAGUACUCGCAUUUGGACAAAAUAGCGCCCCAGAAGUUGACCGGCGAUAUGCUGUUGGCGUUGAAUGUGAGACAAUCAAAGGUACGACACAUACCGAUGCACUUACACGCCAAACAGUAUUGUCUGCCAAACGCCGGCAUCGAUGGUAAGAAUAUCUUCGUGAACGCACCCAUUCCUCAUCACUUCCACAAAAAUAUGUCAAAACUUGGUUUAAAACAAUGAGUAGUAUUAG